AUGGAGUGGUCUCCCAGCCUAGACAGAGCAAACUCCGUCACCGGAAUCCGAAAUUGGUGGCAGAGUGACCAGAGAAGUGUCCGACAUGGGCACCGGAGCCUGCGGCUCGGCGCCACGGCCGACGCCUGCUGCGGUUGUUGGAGAGCAUCACCACCUAAGAUGAAGGGCUGGAGGGUCUUGUGGAGGAGAAUUAGGAAGGGAAGGUGCAGGAUCUUCAACUUCUCCAAGUCAGUCUGUGUUGCUUAUGAUCCUUAUACCUAUGCCCAGAACUUUGAUCAUGGGUUUGCGUCGUUGGAGCCGGACAAUCUCAGCCGUUCAUUCUCAGCAAGGUUCUCCAGUCGGUCGAGGGAUUACCUGGUCAGGAUUGAUCGAGAUUUUGCUUGA